AUGAAUCUAUUAAAAGAAAUACUAUCAAGACUCACAGGUAAUUUACAAUAUGAUGAUAUAUCACACGAAUCCCCAAAAAAUCAUUCAAUUCAACAUCAGGAUUUCAAUUCGUCAAAAUUGUUUACUAAAGUAUAUAGGAUUUUGGAAAAUGCAGCAGAGGAAAAUGAUACAAAAACUAUCAUAGAAUAUGUAAAAAACAAUGGCUGGCAAAUUACUCAAAAAAAUGGAACAAAUUGCAUUCUUUAUGCUGCAUAUAAAGGAAACCUUAAGCUUGUUAGAUUGCUACAAGAAAAUGGGGCAGAUCCAUGCUCUAAGAAUGAUGAAGAUGUUACAAUUCUUCAUUAUUUCUGUCACAAUGGCUCUAUAGAAGGAGUUGAAUUUGCACUUAGAUUUAUCAACGUAAAUGCUAUCACUAAAACAACAAAAAGAACUCCUCUCCAUAUUGCCGCCCAUGGAAAUUACGACCAGCUUUGCACUUUCCUUUGUAAUCAAAAGGGUAUUAAAAAGGACGAAAAAGAUUCUGAAAACCUAACACCACUUGGUCUAGCAUUAAUAGAAGGAAAAGCUGAUGCACAGAGGGCACUAAGAGCUAAAAAUUGCAGAUCCUGUAUAUAA